CGACGACUCGUCAGGGUGGUGGCUGUUUGGAGGCGAUUUAGGUUGUCUUCCGGUGCGGUAUCAUUUGGUUCUUGCUUUCGUUCCUGGCGGGAUUUUUGUUUAUCCGCCGGCUUAUGUAUG